GUUCCCGGCCUGACAGGCCGCAUGGCUGAGCCGGCCAGUGGUUUCGUGGUUCCUCCCGGGCGGUUUCCACCCCCCCGAGCUGAACCCCGCGUUGGGGUCGCUGAACGACACUGCAACGCGGCGGGAGAACUGGAUGCUCUGGGCAGUGCCGCCGCCGCCGCCCCCGCCUUCGUCGUCGCCUUCCACGGUCGGGUCAGAGCCUUCGUCGGACACGCAUCCCCACCUCGCGGCCCAGCCUCUCUCCGGGGUGCCGCCCCCCUUCGACAUCCAGCUUCUUCCCGGGGCGCAGUCCCCUUUCGAUGCCCAGUCCCCCGUUGAUUCUCAGCCUCAGCUCAACUUCCAGCCUUCCUGGAAUUUCCAGGCUUCGACAUCAUGGUACUGGAGACAGUCUCCUGAAACAUUUCCUCAGCUUCAGAAGACCCACAAUCCUCACGCUAAAUGUUCUUAUUAUCCAAGAAAAUAUGAUGCAGACUUCACUGAUUUCAACUACCCUCCCAAUAGAAAACAGAAGAAAAAGAAAAGAAAGGAACCAGUUUUUCACUAUUUUUGUGAUACCUGUGAUCGUGGCUUUAAAAAUCAAGAAAAGUAUGAUAAACACAUGUCUGAACAUACAAAAACGUAUGCUCCUGGUAUGAAGAAGAUGAAGGUUGAUGCUCCAGAGGAGAUUGCAGGGUGGAGGGAAGAAAGAAGAAAUGAGAGCUACAUUCUUUCUGAGAAAGCCACCGUAUUCUUUCACGUGCAGGAAAGAUAAAAGAUACGUAAUUGCUGUGUUAGAAGAACGUAUAAAGAGUUUCAUAGAGUAAGUAUUUUAGAGCUGGACGAAACUCCAAAGGUUUUCUUGGGGUGUUGCUCCUGUACCUUUAAAGAGAGCACAUCAUUGUCUUUAUUCCUUCAUUUUUAUUUUUCUCAGAUGAGCCAAACUCAGAGGUGAUCACUGUGCUUGGAUUAAAAACUUUAAGGCUUGUCACUAAUAACCUGUAAGUGUAUUGUCAGGUGCUCUUUUCAUUCCUAGCCAGUAACUUUU